AUCGCAGAAAUUACAUUCUAAGCCCUCCCGACAAGAGGAGACAGUGCCCUGUCAUCCUCCCUCUCCUCCGUCGCGCGCGACUCACCAGUACCUCGGCCCCACUAACGAGUGCUCGUAAGCCUCGCGCGUCAUCAGCCAGACACCAUGAACGAGCUCGACAGCCUUCGUCAGGAGUCGGAGACGCUGAAGAAUGCCAUUCGGGAUGCCAGGAAAGCAGCAUGCGACACGACCUUGGUCCAGGCCACGUCGGGCAUGGAACCUAUCGGUCGCAUACAAAUGCGCACGAGACGUACGCUUCGCGGUCACUUAGCUAAGAUUUACGCGAUGCACUGGGGAAGCGACUCCAGGAAUCUAGUCUCCGCAUCGCAAGAUGGCAAACUGAUUGUCUGGGACAGUUAUACCACCAAUAAGGUUCACGCGAUCCCAUUACGGUCGUCAUGGGUAAUGACUUGUGCGUACGCGCCCUCGGGUAGUUACGUGGCGUGCGGUGGGCUGGACAAUAUUUGUUCCAUCUAUAGCCUUAAAACUAGGGAAGGUAAUGUGCGAGUGAGCAGGGAAUUGCCAGGCCACACCGGUUACUUGUCUUGCUGCAGAUUUUACGAUGACAACCAAAUCGUCACGAGCUCCGGUGACAUGUCCUGUGCUCUAUGGGACAUUGAGACCGGACAACAGUGCACAUCUUUCAUCGGGCACACUGGCGACGUGAUGUCUUUGUCCCUGGCGCCGGACACGCGUACCUUCGUGUCCGGUGCCUGCGAUGCCAGUGCAAAAUUGUGGGACAUUCGCGAGGGUUCCUGUAAACAAACUUUCCCGGGCCAUGAGAGUGACAUAAACGCCGUCACGUUCUUCCCGAAUGGAUACGCUUUCGCGACGGGCUCGGACGAUGCAACUUGCAGACUCUUCGAUAUUAGAGCGGACCAGGAACUUGCAAUGUACAGUCACGACAAUAUCAUUUGUGGUAUCACCAGCGUAGCUUUCAGCAAGAGCGGUAGAUUAUUGCUGGCGGGCUACGACGACUUCAAUUGCAACGUCUGGGAUUCAAUGAAGACGGAGCGAGCUGGAAUCCUUGCUGGACAUGAUAAUCGUGUGUCUUGUCUCGGCGUUACGGAAGAUGGUAUGGCGGUAGCGACGGGCUCCUGGGACUCGUUCCUACGCAUUUGGAACUAACUUGGGGCUCACCCCAAGACGUUUCUUCAAAGAACCAACUGCAGCCAAUCAGCAUACAGUAUAAGAAUCAAGUACCACCAUCUAACCACCGAGCAAGUCGGCGUGCCAGCAGCUACGAUGCUGACGUAUAACCCGCCAGGUUCACCGGAGUUGAUGCUGAUUAAAAAUUUUGAAUAUCCGAUAAGCAGCAGCAGCAGCGGCAGCAGCAGUAGCAACAACAAUAAUUACGACCGGAUGAAGAGCCACGACAGCAAUAGCGGCGAUUUCAAGAACGUUUUGGGUUGUGGUAAAAGAGACUCCCGCAGGCGCAUCGUAGUUGACUUGACCUGGCGACGCGGUAAAGUCGGCGACAAGGACCAUGAAUAUCAACGCUUCUAGAAAAAAAAAAUUGGCUGAUGGGAUCGUAUACAUCAAGAUAACCAUGGGUAAGAGGGCGCGCGCCGAAGAUACAUCGGCGAAAAGCGAAAUGCGUGGAGGAACAAGACGCUACAAAGUCGACAGUAAACAACUAUGCGGCAUGGGCGCGCACUUUCUUUUUCUCCUCCCUCCUUCGUAGAUGUAUCGUUAUUUAUUUUGUAUAGACCUCUGCCAUAGGCCGCUCUGCGUUUGCCUUUUUUUUGCGCGGCCCAUUGCCAAUCAAAACUUGACACGAGACGCACAGCUUCUGAUAUAAACGCGGACGAGAGAUUCACGUAAAUUGAGGAGCAAGUUUACGAACGCGUGUGAUGGGCCAGCAUCAAGUGUCAAGUACGUUUAAUGUAAUGUGUAAUCGUUUAGUUCGUAGUGUCUAUACCCUAAUCCCAACCCCUUUCCCCCUCUGUCCGAUUAUCCCUUAUUAUGGCAUCGGCGAGAAGGAGAAGAAUAACAAUCUCUGACUGUCGUCUCGGCGAAGUCCCGCAUCUCCUCCCACUAUCGAUUCAGCGCCAACUAGUCCUCGUGCACGAGGCGGGCACGUGCUCUCGACGAGAGUCGUGCUAAAAUUUCCUUUGAAAUAGGACCCAAAGAAUCGCGGGUUGAAGAAAAGGACCGCGAGACUAAACCCUCUUUCUCCCCCUCGUCAUACUCUUUUUCUUUCCAUAUAUAUAAUAUAUAUAUUUACACACAUACACACGCUCACACACAUACACGCGCGCGAGUACGGUGUCCUCCUUUCCUCGUUCCGCUCAUGGCGUUUUGUUUGUCACGGCCUCUUUCGUAAACUCGUAUUUGUACUUUUUAGCUCUUAAGCUCAUCCUAUCUCUCUCUCUUCUUUCCGUGCUAUCUCACCUGUUUCCCUCCUCUCCUCUCCACCUGUUCUGUCCUUUUUUUGUCGGAAAUAGAUGUUGAAACUGUGUAUGCAUUUAAAAAUAAUAAUAUUAAUGAUAAUGAUUAAUAUUAAUAUUAACGAUGAUUGUAAUUUAUAAUUAUUAAUAUUUAAUAUAUAAGUACCUAAGA